AUGGGAAAGCGCAUCUUGCUCCUCCUGCUGGGCCUCUCCUUGCUGGUGAGCUCUCUCCAAGCUUUGACAUGUUUCACGUGUGCUAAAAUCAAUGCUGCCGGGAUUUGUGAACAAGGUGAAGGUUGCUGUACGGCUAAACCUGGUGAGAAGUGUGCCUCACUCCUAAAUAUUAGAGGCGGCAGAAUCCAAUCUGGAGUCCAGAGAUGUGCUGACAUUUGCUUCAGUGGGACUGUUUUUAAUGGAGACAAAACAAUAAAAAUGAAUUGUUGCAAUGACAAAUCUUACUGCAAUAAGAUAUAA